ACCGUGUGCACUUGUAUAGACUAGACUAGAAGAGCGUCACUAAAGCUGCUAACCCAUCGGUUCCCUGUUUCAUACAUACAAAACUCCUUAUCUCAAUAAUCAAUAUCUAAGUAUCUGGCCAGAUUCUACCUCAGCCUUGGCUUCUGUCAUUAAACCAUCCUGCCUGCCUACAAAUCAAAAUAGAUCAGCAGAAACAUCCCCGGAAACAAGCUCUCCAGAUCCCAUCCUCACAUACACCGAAUCAAACCUCCCAAUGCCAAUCCAACCAGCCACCCCCGCCGUCAAAGACAGCGACAACAACAACAACAACAACAACAACAACAACAACAUGGACCCCUACCCCCCAAUCCUCCAAGACUACCUCACCAACAACCUCCUCUCCACGUCCACCGCCACCACCAUCGCCUCAACCACAUUAUCCCCGCCAGCCUCCGAAGAAAACCUCGAAGACAAACUCACCCGCCUCUGGCGCCUAAUCCUGACCCUCGCGCACCAAACCCCCACGCACCAGGCCAAACUCGUGGACCUCCUCACAGCACUCUCCCACCUCCCAGACGCCACCACCCCCAACGAAGCCGAAGAGAAACCGCUCAUGAUCCACGACAUGCGAGUCUGGCACGACCUGCCGAUGCUGGGCUGGGAGCUCCGCCACCGGUGGAACGACUCCGUCCCAACCCCAACCCCAGUCCAUGCAGGGACUAAGGGGGCAGAGGGGACAGAGCGCGACGCCGCGAUCGCAAGGAUCGUGAGCGUGAACCGCUUCGUCGCGCGGCUGGUCGCCACCCACGAGCCGGUGUUCCGGCCGCACGCGUGGUUCGCGCUCGUGACGCUGCGGCGGGCGCUGGAGACGCCGUGGGCGCAGAUGGGCCCGGAGGAUCCGCCGGCGGCGUGGGUGCCGGCGGCGGCGGCGUGGAUCGAGGUUCUGGGGCCGGAGAUCUACGCGUGGGAGGAGGAGUACGUGGCGGGGCCGGCGGUGGGUGCGCCAGGACGGGGCGGGCCCCUGUGGCAGGGGAAGCAUGGGUUCUGUCGGGAGCGGUGGGGGCUUUGGAGGGAGAGGUUUGGCGAGGUGGCGAGGUUGGAGGGGAAAGAUGUGCAUGUGCGCAGUGUGGCGGGGAGAGCGGAGCGGAGGAUGAAGGAGAUUGAAGCGGAUCGGGGGGCAGGUGCAGGAGAUCUGAGGUAGGUACUCCGUAGAUAUGGGACCUCGCGGGGUAUGUCUGGGUCAUGAUGGUCACGAUUCGUGUUAGAUUAUUCAGAUGGUCCUAUAUGGUCGGAGUUUGGAUAGUAAUAUGAUUUUCAACCCUUUCUCUUUCCAGAGGUAGUUGUCGAACUAUAUCCUAUAUCCACUUGGGUCC